AAAUAUCUCCUCUCCGAUCCAACGCCCCUCGCCCCCCAUCCAAAAACCUAAAAAAAAGAAAGAAAAAAAUAUAAUUCCUACUUCUCCCCAUCGCAUGGGCGGGGAAGCAGGAGCAGCCGAUCGCUCGCCAUGAAUCCCUCGGUCACGGCUCCCGCCGCCUCCUCCUCCUCCUCCUCGUCCUCUUCCUCCUGGCUUGCCGGUCUCGUCCGCAGCGGCUCCCUCAAAUCCGCCGCCGUUUCUGGCGGCGGCGCCUCCUCCAUCCCCGCCGCUGCCAACGGCCUCGGCCCCGGCUCCCGCAAGAACCAGCUCCACGGCGUUCUCUUUAAGUACGGCCCCAAGCCUGUCCAGGUGGCAUUCAAAACCGGCGAUUUUAACCAACAAGUCAUUUUUAUUGGUGGAUUGACAGAAGGACUUUUGGCAACUGAGUAUUUGGAACCUUUGUCAAUUGCCUUGGAGAAUGAGAAAUGGUCCUUGGUGCAACCCUUACUUUCUUCAUCUUAUGUUGGAUAUGGCACUUCCAGCUUAGAAGAAGACUCCUUGGAGAUAGAUCAGCUUAUUGGCUACUUAAUAAAUAAGGAAAACUCGGAGGGUGUUGUGCUGCUUGGGCACAGUACUGGUUGCCAGGAUAUUGUGCAUUAUAUGCGCACAAAUUUUGCAUUCUCCAGAGCGGUUCGUGGAGUCAUUUUACAGGCCCCAGUUAGUGACCGGGAAUACAGGGCAACUCUUCCCGAAACUGCUGUGAUGAUAGACUUGGCAGCAAAAAUGAUAAGUGAAGGUAGGGGAAUGGAAUUAAUGCCCAGAGAAGCAAAUCCAGAUGCCCCAAUAACUGCCUACAGGUACCAUUCACUUUGCGCAUACAUGGGGGAUGAUGAUAUGUUCAGUUCAGAUCUUAGCGAGGACCAGUUGAGAUUGAGACUUGGUCACAUGACAAGUACACCUUGCCAGGUUAUUUUCUCCAUGGCUGAUGAGAAUGUGCCAGACUAUGUUGAUAAGAAAGCACUGGUAGAAAGACUAUGUCAGGCUUUGGGAGGUGCCGAGAAGGUUGAAAUUGAAUGGGGAAAUCAUUCUCUCUCUAAUAGAGUGCAAGAAGCAGUUCAGGCCAUCCUAGAUUUUGUUAAGAGGGAAGGACCGAAAGGAUGGGAUGAUCCGUGGAACUAGAUUUCUGCAUGUUUGUGUCUAUAUAUACAUAUAUUUUGAAUUCGAUUUCCUUUUUUUUCUAUGUAUACCUUUUUCUCAUUUGCCUUCUUUACUCACCUUUUUUUUUGUAUGUCUGUCCAGAUUUUAUUACUUGAUUGUUGUUGAGUAUUAUUAAUUUAUGAUUUUCUUGUGAUUAUUUUGCCAA